AAGCUCGGAUUCGUGUAAACUGGUAAGCCAAAAUGUGCCAUAAAAAUUAACCACAUAUGACGUUUUUAUUUUUUUCAUGCUAUUUGCAUAUUUUACUGCUCACUUUUGUGCAUUUUUUUCACAACGCAGUAAAAUGUGAACCUUCAAUUUUCCUUUUGGCUUGAUAUAACAGUUCCUUUCCUUUUUCCUCCCCCCCUAAGCGAACAGUUUAUUGAAACGGGCUAACUGCACAUUUGUGUAGGUUAUACAUACCCGGUAGGUGUAUUCAUAAACGCACACAGGCAUCGAGGGGGACUCUUACGUCGGUGGGCUUAUCCACGCUGUGAGAUUUUCAUAAUUGCAGCACGGCAUGUGUUGUGAAGAAGAGGCAGCAGGAGAACUACCAAAUGAGGGUGCAGCGACGCUGAAAGGGGAGAGGCAAUAGAUCAUCGUACUGUCUUAGCGGGCGAGGUCGUUGCGGGUACGUGAUGUUUUAACAGAAAAAGCGAAAAGGGAGCCACGCGGAGCGGUGAAAUUGUGACCAAGAAGGACGAAGCGGAUAAAUCGAGUCAGGCGGAAAAGGCGGACAGCGCCAACUGAGCGGCGACUCGACGCACCCCGCACGGAACCCCCCCAGAAUCUCAAACAAUGCAGCAGCCAAAAAAUGAUAGGCAAAAUAUUUGACAACGCGUUUCGAAUACGCACAUAUAACCGGCUGGUGUGCUUCGUCAUCGGGGGAGCCUUCUCCUACAGUUUUGCAAACCCAGACAUGGAUACCGUGUACGAAUUUUUCCCCAUUUUUAAGCAAAACAAAUAUGCGUAUUUGACAUUUCUCGAAGUCAACGAAAAACAUGGAAACGUAUUUGAAGAAAAACUUAAGGACUUAUGCAGAUUUUAUCAGAAACAGCCUGGCUAUUUAUAUACAAAAAUAAUUAAAAGGAAAAAUAAUUUCAACAAUUUGAGCAGAUACAUUGUUGUUUCAACUUGGUUAAAGAGCGAGAAUUAUCUCCUGGCGUGUAAUAGGAUGUACGGACAAAUUUUGAUCAAAAAUUUACAAAACUACACCAAUUAUAAUUCCUUUUUGUACAGGAUAGUUGUCGACGACUCGGAUUACUUGCCUCCCUUUUGA